AUGAAAAAGAAGCGCUCUCCUGCUUUAACAACUGCACACAAAGAUUUACGAUUAAUCUGGGCCAAAGAUCAUAUGACCUGGAAUAAUGAAUGGCAUAAAGUUGUUUGGUCGGCCGAGAAGAAAUUUAAUUUGGAUGGUCCUGAUGGUUUUUCUUACUAUUGGCAUGAUCUACGUAAAGAAGAAGAGAUAUUUUCAACGCGUGCUCAAGGUGGUGGCGGUGUUACGAUUUGGGCAUUUUUUGGCUGGGAUGGUAAAAGUUCAAUAUGCUUCAUAAAUGAGCGAAUGAAUUCAAAUGGAUAUCGAGAAGUACUAAAAAACCAUCUAGUUGACAUUGGCAAUACUAUCGGGGGAUCUAAUUGGAUUUUUCAACAAGAUAAUGCGCCGGUUCAUCGGGCAAAAAGUCAAUCUUGCUUGGUUCAAGUCGCAAAAAAUUAAUGUUUUACCGUGGCCAUCAUUAUCUCCCGACUUAAACCCCAUCGAAAAUCUGUGGGGAAUAUUAUCAAGGAAGGUUUAUGCUGAAGGAAAGCAAUUUAGGACGAAAGAACAGUUAAAAGUUGCCAUACUCCGAUCGUGGGAAGAAAUUCGCAUUGAUCAACUUCGAGAUUUAGUCAACUCAAUGCUUGACAGAUUAUUUGAAGUUAUUAAGUUACAUGGUGCAAAGACACGAUAUUGAUCGGCAUUUUGAGUUGUUUUUUUUGUAUCUCAUUUGAUCUGGUCUUAUAAUUUUGCACCACUAUAAACUGCAUAGAUUCAAAAAAAGAUAAAACAUAAGCAAUAAACUCAUGAAAUUUCACUAACUCCGUACACAUGUAUCAAUGUCUUUAAUUUCAAAAAAUCAGCUCGAUCUGAUUUUCCUAAGUUCUAAAAGCAGUGGUCUUAUAAUUUUGCACCAGACUGUAUGUGUGAAUCCUGAAAGAACUUUUUGUACACAUUGCCAACUUCUCAAGUACUUUUGAAUAAAUGAUGAAAAAGUUAUGCAUCUGUAAAAAGAACACAAUGAUCCGUUAUUUGGAAAAACAAGUUUUUUGUUAUCAAUAGUACAUCCAUUAAAGGUAGAUUCAUGUUUAAACACUUCGAUCAACAAAGUUUUGUUUUCAAAUAAAAUGCAUGUGAUGUUCGAUAUCAGGAUAAAAGCUGAAUCGAAUAACAGAGAUCUUAUUACAAAAUAUUUUUCAUCGAAAUUCGAUCUCAAUAGGCACCCCAACGAAAUCAUUUCGUAUAAGCCAUAGAAGAAGUAGGGAUCGAAUUUUGAUGAAAAAUAUUUUGUAAUAAAAUCUAUGUUAUUCAAUUCAACUUUUAUCCUGAUAUCGAAUGUCGCAGGGUGUGGAUGUGGAGUGGGGGUAAGGAUGGAUUUGGGUGUGAAAAUGAGUAACUAGAUCAACCACACCCAUACACUCAAAUGUAGAAUGUUGCAGGACAGAAUAUAAUUCAGUUCAGUUUUAGAUUGUCUUGGUUCAGAUUGAAAUAUGGAGACAAUUAAUUGAAAUAUUCGAACUAUUUUUCAUUCGUAUCAAAAACACCGUUAUGUUGGUCGUGAAAAUGAGUCUUCGUUUGCGCAUCAAAACAACUUGUCAGAGAAAUAAACAUGUUUUACAUUGUGAAUCGCUGUUCUAGCGGCGAUUUACGAUAUUCUACUCUUAAUCAAAUAUGUUUUGUGCUUGUUUGAAUUUCAUGCCAGAGCAGGCACUGACGUCAUCUUGGAGCUGGUUUAGAUUUUCCGAAUGAUUUCCAUCUCUGUUCAAAUAUUUUUGAUAUGACUUUAUACUCCAGUAAUAUGGUUUUCAUUUAGCUUCUAUAGAUAGUCUGGUUACCAGCAAGUGCCUGAAAAUUUUCCAAAAAGAGAUCCACGAUAACGAAAGAUAUUUCUCCGCAUUUGCUACGAGUAGUUGUCCUUCCAAAGACGAGAAAUCUGGCUAUCGAAUUCAACAGGAAAAACGUCUAGAAUCCGAUUAUUAACGUGUCAGUGUGCUUGUGAAUUAAGAUAAGUUGAACAACAAGUCACACUUACACUCAGUCAACAUACCAAUGGGAAAAAAGCAGUGCAUUCGAUAACAAACAGACAAUCAGGGUGUGAAUUUCGUGUAAAAUGUGUGUAAUAUUCGAAAUCGGUAUAAUAAGUCCGAUCGAAUGACAUAGACUUCAUUAAAAAAUGUUUGUCAUAGAAACUUGACUCAAUAAGACAUUCAGGCGAAAUCAUAUCCACUGUAUCAGAGUAGAAGGUGGGUUCGAAUUUCGAUGAAAAAAAAUUAUUAAUGAAAUUUAUGCCAUUAGAUCCGAUUUGUUAUGUUGAUAUCGAAUAUAGCAUACAUUUUAUUUGAAAACGAAACCUUGGUAGUCAAAAUUUCCAAGUACACGCUCAGUUUUUAUUAUUCUACUUCUAAUAUCGAAAAUGUUGAUUGUCGACAUAACAAAUUGUUAGUUUUUUUUUCAUUGGAUGUUCUGCUUUUUGUUCGUUGGUAUGUUAAAUGUAAUCCACUGAAAAUUACUUUUUCAUCGCCCAUACAAUAGUACUUGAUAAGUUUGCCAUUGCGUAGAAAGGCUUUUUAUGAUACUACUAGUAUUUUGAGAAGACACAACUCAUUCAAGAUCACAAAAAACGGCUAAUUGAGAUUUUUACACCCUUGAACACGAAAAGUUACAAUAAACGCGAGUAUUUCGUAUAAGAUUCAAGUCUUUCUUUAGUUUUUGCAUGUUUUCGAAAAACUUAUUUUUUUUUGUUGAAUUUGUUUCGACGAAAACAAAUUUUCAUACCUGUAAGAUUGCUUUCAUUCAAAAAAAAGAGAAAAACAGUUUUCUGCUUAAGUUUUGAAUUUCCCACUUCUUACCCUUGCGAA